GCUCUCGCGCCUCAUAGUGACGUAGUAAUCCUGCGACCGAAUCGAAGUGAGCAGUUGGUUUGGACCGACGUUUCCGAGCUAUUUUCAUAAGAACGAGAGCAUAAUGGCUCUGGAAACAGUUCCCAAGGACAUUCGCCAUCUACGAGCGUGUUUGCUUUGCUCCUUAGUAAAGACCAUUGACCAGUUCGAAUAUGACGGCUGCGACAACUGCGAGUCGUUCCUUCAGAUGAAGGGGAACAGAGAGAUGGUUUACGAAUGCACAAGUUCUUCGUUUGAUGGCGUGAUUGCCCAGAUGAGUCCUGAGGACAGCUGGGUAGCAAAAUGGCAGAGAAUAGGCACGUUCAAGCCAGGUGUAUAUGCAGUGUCCGUGACUGGCAGACUACCCCCUGGUGUGGUGAGAGAGCUGAAAAGCAGAGGAGUGAUCUACAAGUCCAGAGACACAGCAGUGAAGUCCUAACCAUGAAAGCUUCAGUACCAUAUUAUGGCUCCAUUGCAAAGAAGCCACAAUAACAUUUGUACAAAAGGACAAACAAACAAACAUCUGAGGUCUUGAGGUGCCAAGCAGAGGUUCAUUGAUUGUUAGAAUGAAUUGGAUGCAUUUUCUUUUCGUUUCCUUUUCUUUCUUAAGAGAGAAAAAUAAAUGUCUACUGUGUUUUAUUUACUUGUGGCUUUUGGUAGUUCUAAGUGCAAACCGCAUUGAAGAGACAAAGAAUUCUAGUCCAAUACCAUCUAAAGCGGGGUACACGCAUUGAUUUUUAAAAACGGGAGAGACUCCACACAAGAACCCGACCCACACCCAUUUAACUAGUCACAGUGACAUGUUUUUGUUUUUAUUAGCUGGCACUCCGCUUUCCUCCCACAUCCCAAAAACAUGCGUGCUAGGUUGAUUGAAGACUCUAAAAUUGCCCGUAGGUGCGUAUGAUUGUUUGUUUGUGUGUGCCCUGCGAUGGGCUGGCGACCAGUUCAGGGUGUACCCCGCCUCCUGCCCGACGAUAGCUGGGAUAGGCUCCGGCACGCCCGCGACCCGCGCGAGGAGAAGCGGCUCAGAAAAUGGAUGGAAAAUCCAUGUUUUGAAAUAUGUAUUCUAAGAUUUAACUUGAUUGCAACAUGUUCAUUUACUGAAUGUUGAUGGAUAAAAAUAAGUGUUUACAGUGAAGCGCAGAGCGAGUUAACUGGACUGAUUAUUCAUUUGCAUGCAUUGAGGCUGUAAUCAGAGGAUUUAGACUUUCUUAAAAAAAAAAAAAGGGUCAUUCCUUUCCAUGUUAUGUGCUUGCUGGUAAGCAGUUUUUUUUUUCAUUUUUGUGUUCAGUGUUGCCAUUGGACAUUUUAUUAUCUAGUUGAUGUUCGAGGAUCAUUUGCUUAUAAAACUCUGUUUACUCUUAAACAAUAAAUUGGUCCACCCCCCAA